AUGAAAACUGAAAAUAGUAGCCCUCAUCUAUACAAAAUUGACCUUGCUGUGGACCAAAAGUUUCUGAAGAACCUGACUGAACAGCAAGUUUCUCCUGGCAACGAAUCCACAGCUGAAGACUCUUAUAUAAUCAUGGAUCUGCCCACACAUUCUCCAUUUACUUUAGAAGCGCCAUUCUCUGAGAGGACAUUUCCUCUCACUGAGGAAGAGUUUUUAUCAAUGUUUGACACAGAUGGUCGACUGGUGCAUGAAAGACGCCUCAGAAAGUCUGUCUUCUUAGGUGGAAUCCAGCCUGCUUUGCGAAAAGAAGUUUGGCCCUUUUUAUUUGGAAUGUACUCUUGCCAAUCAACUAAACGGGAACGUGAGAUUUUACAGUUGGAAUAUGUGAUCAAAUAUCAUGAAAUGCGAGCUCACAGUCUCCAUGUGCUUGGCAAAUUAGAAGAAGCAGCAGCAGCUAGAGCUGCUGCAACAGACCAAGAAUUAGAUGACAAAGAAAACACUACUGAACUUUCUCAAUCUCAAAACCUGGUUAACAUUGGCAAAUCUCCUUCUUCUGGGGAUGAGUCCAGUUGGACAGCUGUCAAUGUUGACUCCCAAAAUAAUGUCCAUGAGAUAACGGCGCCACCAUCUACAGCCAGAAAUAGUUUGUCCGAUGAUAUUUUUACAAGUCCCAAACAUAGUCAUAUUUCUUGCACAGUCUGUGGGCAGCCUCUGGACAAUGCUGACCAACGAUCUCUCAAUGGAACAAAAUGUGCGAGCCUUGCUACAGAACAUUUGUGCACUUGUUUUCACAGGCUUUCUCCUGAAGAGAGAGCCAACACAAGAGUGGCCCAACUUCCGCUAAAUGAUGUUGAUACAUCCAGUAAACCAUUACAAACAUUCAUGUUUCCUCCCGACCAUCCGGUACAUCGGAAACUCUGUGAAUCUGGUGAAGAAAUGAAAUAUUCUUUGAUGGUCAAUCAAUCGAGCAAUAGUUCUUCGUCUUUGGAAUCCAUGAGGAAUAGUUCCAAAUCUGUGGAUCUGGAUUUAGAGGAUAUUGCAGCUGCUGUUGCAGAAGCUGAAGCUAAGAAAUUCCAAACCAAUAUCUUCCCAUCAGACCUCAGUGAUUCUGGCCUUAGUAUGGACUGGUCAUCCCCAGAUGUCCAAAAACAGAUUAAUUUCAUUGACUUUCAAGCUCAGAUUUAUGCCAAGAAGCACAAAGUUCAACCCAAAAAGUUCUGGGCUGAUAUGCGAAUUGUUAAACGUGAUGUGCCUCGAACUGACCGGAAUCAUGAACUUUUCAGGGAAGAUGAUAGCAAAUAUCUGGGCUGGUUACACAACAUGCUGACGACAUACACCUACUUCCACCGAGAUGUUGGCUACACGCAGGGCAUGAAUGAUAUUGCAGCUAGUUUUCUGUCCACCUUUCAAAAUGAGCCAUUGGCUUACUGGUGUUUUCAGUCUUACAUGGAUACAGUGAAGGAAGAAUUUAAAGAAGAUGGUCUUGUAAGGAAAAUGGAUAAGGUCCAACAGUUGCUGAAUGAAGUUGAUGCUGAAGUCCGUUGUCAUUUGACAAAAUACAACUUAAGUAUGGUCUGCUGUCAAAGAUGGUUGGUAGUUGGUUUCAAGAGAGAAUUUGAUUUGGAAGAUUCCCUGAAAUGCUUUGAAAUCAUUAACAGCCGGGUAAUGCAUUCUCAUUUUUUUUUCUUCCAUUUUAAUCUGUUUUUUUUUUUCUUCCAUUUUAAUGUUUUUUUUCUUUUCUUCUUUCUCAUAUUUUCUACCUUGGAAUGA